AUGCUCUUUCCCUUCUUUCCGGCAGUUUUCGCCCUCCUCUUGACGGUCAUCGCGCUCUAUCGACCAAAUAUGACGAGUCUGCCAGCUUCCUCCCCUACAGCUAUUAUCGCUGACAAUUGCGAUGGCGCCGUCGGCGGCGGCCACGGUAUCUACAGCGAAGCCAACCUUCGGUGUACACUUUUGCUGCUCAGCUAUCUGCUUAUUCCGGUGUGUGCUUACCUCACACUGUCGCUGCCCCUACGAGUGACGGCCGCCCUGUGGACAAGGCCCUCAUUCGCCGUCAAUCUUACCAGGCCGAGUAUCGUCCUACGCGUCAUGGCUGUUUCCUUCACCAGCUUCCUGUUCUUAAAGCCGUUCUUCGUUGUAGAUCUAUUUUCCAGCCCUCUCGUCGUGUGCUUCACUGGCUCCCUGAUUGGUAUCUACUACGGCAGCGCCUCUGCUUCCAACCUGUCAUUCCGGCCAGGCGUUGGGGAAGGCGAGCGGACAAUGCACCUCAAAGAUAUCGCCUCUUUGAUUCUUUGCUACGCGUGCCUUGCCCAGUCCUCUGCAUUGCUUCUGCUUGCGCUUGCUUCUAGUCAACUGAAGUCGCCUGUAAUGUGGUGUGUUGGCUUGGGAUCAAUCUUCUUCAUCUCCCAGUAUGCCUACUGGCUCUCAUCACGAGCUUCCUCCACCAAACGA